AUGGCCCACCGUCAGCGCAGAAAUCCACAGUCCAAUCCAGAGAAAAGGACCAUGAGUUUCCAGGAGUUCACUAGAGGCAUCUCCUCCCACUUCACCCUGCGCUCGUCUCUUCGUAGGAGACUGAGGAGACGCAGCACUCUAACAAGCAGUCAUCCUCUCACACUCACUAAGAGCCUGGCAGUUUCAGAUGGCGAGCUGAAUGUGAUGGAGCCAGAGCAGAGGUCAGGAGGUCAGUGCUCCAACAGUAACACUAGUCUGCCCAGUGUUCCCAGUGACGGAGCGAGCGGCGUGGGUCAGGUGGCCAGCUGGGCAGUCAGCUUUGAGAGACUGCUGGAGGAUCCAUUGGGAGUUCAGUACUUCACUGCUUUUCUGAAGUCAGAGGUCAGUGCUGAGAACAUCUUGUUCUGGCAGGCGUGUGAGAAGUUCCGGAAGAUUCCAGCUGAUCGUUCUGAGCAGUUACUGCAGCAGGCUCUAUCCAUCUACAACACUUAUCUAUCCAACAACGCAACCAGCCCUAUUAAUAUUGAUGAUAAAGUUCGUGUUGAAGAGAAGGACAUCAAAAAUCCUCAUCCAGACAUAUUUCAAAAGGCUCAACAACAGAUCUUCAAGCUAAUGAAGUUUGACAGUUAUGCUCGUUUUGUACGCUCUCAGCUUUAUCAGAGCUGCAUGCUGGCCAACGUGGAGGGCAGGGCCCUACCUGAAAUCGGCCAUCGCUCUAAAAUCCCUGUUUUGAAAAAGGCUGAUGUGACAUCAGUCAAAGAGCAGCAGAAACCAGAGCAGAAAGCAAAAGAGAAGUCUGAUGGUGCAGAGAAGCGGAAAACCACCCUUCCGGGCAGGAUAGGCUGGGAAAAGCGAAAAGAAAAGAGAGGAUCCUGGGGAGAGUCACAGAAUGUAGGCAAGAGCAAAGCCCUUCGCAACACAACAGAGGCGGAGAGGUUACCGAUACGGACCCAUGUACCAGACCAGGCGUUGAAGGCCGGGGUGGAUAAGUACUGCUGUGUGUACCUGCCGGAUGGUACUGCUUCCCUGACCCCUGCGCGUCCCGGCCUGACGAUCCGCAGCAUGCUCACAGGGCUGUGUGAGAAACGCGGGCUCCCCCUCACCGACAUCAUCAUUUACCUACAGGGCAAAGACAAGCAUCCUCUCUCUCUGGAUCAGGACAGCUCUGUUCUGAAAGAUCAGCAGGUGUUUUUGGAACUCCGGGUUACAUUUGCGGUGGAGGUGGCAUUCACAGGCAAAACAGUGGGGAUGAUGGUGAAGUCAAAUAAAACCCUUCAGGAGGCGCUGGCCGUACUCCUAAACAAACAUCGCUUGCGACCGCAGGACUGCACUGUUACCAUGAGUGGGAGUGGAGAGGUCGUGAGCAUGAACACAGUGGCCACCUCUCUGGCCAACAAGACACUAGUCCUUGAUAGAGUCAAAGGUCCUGACCAGGCCAGCAGCUCAAAGGUGCCUCUAGGCUCUGUAUCCCAGGCAAGUUUCGCACGCAGAGCCGGUAUAGUGGAGUUAGACCUGGGUUCUUCGGCUUUUUACCGAGCAAAUGUCAGGCAGAGGAAUCCUGCUGCACGCAGAACCUAUGACGUGGAAGGUCUUGUGGAGCUGUUGAACAGAGCUCAGGGCUGCAGUGCUGAUGACCAGAGAGGCUUACUGAGAAAGGAACACUUGAUGCUACCCCAGUUCCUGCAGCUGCCCCUUGAAGAAGCCUUAGAGGAAGAGAAGGAG